CACUUCGAAGCUCGCAGUCGGCGAAUUAAUCUCUUGGUCUUGUGGUAUUCAAACCUUGUGUCGUGUUAACUUUAUUGCGAAUUAGAUUAUUGUAGUUUCCUUGUAUAAAAUUUUUUGCCAUGUCUUCGAGUGGAGCUACUCCAAAGAAAAUGAAAAAAGUGGAAGUUGGAGAUGGUGAAGAAAGCAGAGAUUAUGAUGCAGAAACACAGAAAGCGUUAGAAGAAAUCGACGCUUGUCAGAAUGAAAUCGACGCUUUGAAUGAGAAAGCAAGCGAAGAAAUCCUUAAAGUUGAGCAGAAAUACAACAAAUUAAGAAAACCUUUCUUUGAGAAGAGGAAUGAGCUGAUUAGAAAGAUUCCAAACUUUUGGGUGACCGCUUUUGUAAAUCAUCCACAAAUCUCUGCCAUCCUGGAUGAAGAAGAGGAGGAAUGUCUUCACUUUUUGACUAAACUUGAAGUUGAAGAAUUCGAAGACAUUAAGUCUGGUUACAGAAUUAAAUUCUAUUUUGAUGAGAAUCCAUAUUUUGAAAAUGAUGUUAUUGUGAAAGAAUUUCAUCUUGGAUCAUCAGGUGAUCCAGCAUCCCAAUCAACAACUAUUAAAUGGAAAGAAGGAAUGGACUUAACCAAAAAACAGAAAGAAAAACAAGCACAGAUGAAAAAUAACAGGAAAAGGGUUCAUGAACAACCAAGAACAUUUUUCACAUGGUAUACUGAUCAUGGAGAUGCAUCUGCUGAUGACAUAGCAGAAGUUAUUAAAGACGAUAUGUGGCCCAAUCCCCUACAGUACUUCUUGGUCCCAGACAUAGAAGUUGAAAAUGGCUUAGAAGAAGAAGAUGAAAGUGAUGAAGAUGAAGUGGAUGACUCUGUUGUUGUAGUGGAAGAGGAAGGUGAUGGCGAAGAUGAAGAGGACGAGGGUGAAGAAGAAGAGGUUGAUGAGGAGGAAGUGUAUGAAGAAGGUGAAGAAGAUGGUGGGGAUGGUAUUGAGGGAGAAGGUGAAAUGGAACCAGAGGGUGGAGAAGGCGAACAUGACGAGUAAAAGCAAAGAGUCCACGAAAGCUGUCACCACACAGCACUGUCCAUCACAUACCUGUGUUUUGUAGUUGGGGCCAGCCAUAUUCAUUUUAGAGUUUACUACAUUAGGGUAAAAAAGGGCAUAUAUGUUUGCAAAUUUAUGGCUAUGUGAAUUUUGAAGCACUUAAUAUUGUGCUUGAAUUGCAGUUCUGAAUUUGAAGUUCUUUGCUUAAGUUUAAUUUGAAAGUUUCAAUAAUUUGUUUCAUGUCUUAAUUUUUUUUAUUUCAUAAUUUAUCUUAAUUUGCUUAAAUGAUUUAGACUGAAAAGGAAAGAAGGAAGUAAUAGCCUUAACCUUUGGCUUGCAUUGUUUUUAUAAUGGAUACAAUAAGCAUGUAAGUUUUUCUUUGUCAUAAACGUUUCUUGACUCGAGAAAUUUUAUUUUUAUUGAAACACCAUUCUGAAACACUAUUUAUCCACUGUAAAUAUUUUUAAAAAGAAAUACCAAAGUUUUGAAUUCAGUGUGGAGAUCACAUUUUGAAAGAAUUUUCCAAUUCAAGUGCUGAUAAUGGAAUUUCAUAUGUAUGAGAGAUAGACUUGGUGACUGCAAAGUUUUAACUGUUGUAUCAUAUUGCCAUUGAAAUUUAAUCAUACCAAUGGUUUAUUUCUAAUGUUUUUAUUGAGUGUACCUUUUUCCCUUUUACAUCAUUUUUUUUUCUCCUCCUGUGUGGUCAGUUCAUCUUCAUCAGAAAGAAGUAUAAAAUUGUUCAUCCAAUUAUAUGUAUAAAAACAGUUAAAAACAAAUGUUUCAUAUAUUGAUUUUUCAUGUGGUUUUUCGAGGAACCCAACUGCACUAUCAAUGGUUUAAACUCAUUGAAUGUUGGUUUUAGACAUUGUAAACACUUAGUUUGAACUACUUUGCUUUAUUGAUAAGCAGAUUGUUCAUUUGAAAUUAUCUGUUUGUAAACAUUUCUAUCAUUCUUAGUAAAAUUUGUAAAACUUUUCUAUGAUAUUGUGGUUUAUUUUUAAUUUUUGAAAUUGUCAUAUCACUUUAAUUAUGUUGAUGUACUCUGCUGUGUGGAAUGAACAUGUCUGUAUAGUGUAUAUAUAUACUAAGUGAAUGAUGAUAGUUUGCUAUUGUAAGUGGAAAGCACUUCAACCUCUGGAUUAAAAAAAAAAAAAAAAAAAAAAAGCAAAAGGCAUUCCAUAUUUACUCCCAUUUUUUUCCAUACUUUUCUAUCUAUUAUCAUAUGUUCGUUCUCUUCCCUUUCAACAUAAGUUAUCAAGUUCUCAAGUAAAGCCUUUUCUUCGAUGUUCACAGAGUUGAAGUCAAUAUGGAACAAGAAAUUAUUUUAAACUAUCGCCGCACACUUGCUUCAUUUGAAAUGCCCAUUCGUAGACAUCUUUACCUGUAAAAUGACUUCUCAAUUAAAUCAAGUUUAUAUUUAAA